GCUGCAGGCACCGGCUUUUCCCGGGGAGUCCCUGACUCAAACCCGCUGGGCGGGCUCGGGCCCCGCACAGGGGAAAAGGCAGCAGGGGCUGCCAGGAGUCUGGGUCGCUGCAGAGGAAUGGUGCCCUGAGCUGGUGCCUUGCUGUGAGGAGAUGCCCGCAGGAUGCCUUUCACAACGCCCGUGGGCAUGAGAAGACUCCCGCAGCAGCAGAGUGUCUGGUGGGCAUUUAGCAGCCGUGAUGUGGGAGUGUCAGGUGGUGAGGAGACCAUGCCGCCGGCCUGCCGAGGCUUGAGAUUGACUAGGUCUGGUGAAGGUGGCCCGGGAAGGAAGGACAUACGUGGCAGCUUGGAAACCAUAAGUGGCCUCUGAUGAGAUGAGGCUCCUCACCAGCCCGUUGCGCCGGAUGCUGUUGAGCCUCCAGAAUCUCUGUGAAGGAGAGGGAGGGAGUCCUGCCAAAUGCUGUGUCCUAAACCCCCACCGCCUGCUUCGGAGGGAGAAUUUCAGUGCUAAAGUGACAGCCAUUGAGCUGGUCAGCUACUGGCGAGGUGUGUUUGAGGUGAAUGGGAUCCCUGAAGCACAGGAAUCCAGCGAGUAUAUCGUUUCCUACGUCCUGGGAGCAAAGACAUUUCACAGCUUGGGUGCUGGCAGCCUCUCCACCCCGCUCACAUUGGAGCAGCGGCAGCAGAUCCAGCAGCUGAGUAUGAAGCGGCUACAAAGGAUGCCUGUGCAGUACGUCCUUGGUGAGUGGGAUUUCCGGGAACUGACCCUCAAGAUGAGACCCCCAGUCUUCAUUCCUCGGCCCGAGACAGAGGAUCUUGUCUCCUUGGUGUUGGAAGAAGAAUUACAGAGGAGUGGGAGCCCUGCAGUUAUUGUGGGUCACCAGUGCCCCACCGUUGUCCCUCACCCUGUGAUCCUGGAGAUCGGCUGUGGCUCAGGGGCUAUUGCACUGAGUUUACUGAGCAAACUGCCCAAGAGCCGGGUAAUAGCUGUGGAUAAAGAGGAAGCUGCUGUGAAUCUCACCAGAGAGAAUGCUCAGAGGUUGCAGCUACAGGACAGGAUAAGAAUUCUUCGCUACAAUGUCUUCUCCGGUUCCUGGGAGCAGCUCCUCCCCUGGGGUCCUGUGGACACUAUAGUCAGUAACCCACCUUAUGUCUUCCAUGGAGACAUGACUCACCUGGCUGAAGAGAUCCUCAGCUACGAGGACCUUGGUGCCCUGGAUGGGGGAAAUGAUGGGAUGAGAGUGAUCAAAAAAAUUCUGGCUCUGGCUCCUUGUAUCCUGAAGGAUCAUGGGAGUGUGUUUCUAGAAGUUGAUCCCAGACACCCAGAGAUGGUGGAGAACUGGCUGCAGAAUCACCCUGACCUGUCCCUCUCCGUCUCUGCCACCCACAAGGACUUCUUUGGAAAGCCAAGGUUCCUACACAUCCAAAAGCAUAAAGCAGGUGACCGCAUCAACAAGAACAGCUUUGCUUGUCCGAGCGAUCAUCUCCCUGGAGUUUCUUGCUGAGUCGUCUGUUGGAUCCCUGCACAGCAACAGGAACCUGGCCAUCCACUGCAUUUCCCAGCAUUCUGAUCUAUUCAGAUGGUCACUGGUGCAUCCAUUGCUGACAGAGAAUUUCACUUGGAGGAUCACUAGAAAGGAGGUGGGGCAGGGGUCCGAGUCUGCAGAGGUGUUUCAGCUCCCACAGACGGUCGGACACAGAUUAUUAGCUCAGUCAGCUAAAGCAAGAAAUAGGUAUGAGAACCUAGCAUAGAGGGAAUCUCAGUUCCAAGCAUCUCAUUUUGUUGAAGCUGCAAAUACAUAUGGUAAAAAUACAACUUCUCCAUGCAUCAAAUGGCACUUUUAGUUCAUAAUGAACAGCAUAGGUCUUGCCCUGGAAAAAGAACUUAAGAUUGUUGGUAGGUCUGU